AUGUGUCGUUCAUUCGUUAGCCUUUUCAUUUUUGUUCUUGUUGGAUUGAGCCAUGCGACCACAACGAAUCGGGAUGCGACGAUGGUAAUGAUAUGCGACAAGUUAGGACUCACAUUUUAUACGGCCGCUGAGUUGACAACAAUUGCUAAAUGCAUCGAGCCCCAGUUCUACAAAACUCCCAACAACAACACUGCUAUUCUCAGCGUUGCAAAGAACUGCAUUCUUAGCAAUUCCGGAAACAAGGCCCUUCAAGCUAUGUCCCUAUACAGCAAUGGUAGCUAUAAUUUCUUGUUGGGCAUAUCAAACCAAUUGAUUUCAGCCAACAACUGCCUGAGCCCCGACUCUCUUGAUACCGUAGUCACGAAACUCGUUCCACCAAUUCAGACCAUGACAUCUACACUCGUUAAUAAGGUGAAGACAACUCUUUCCGAUUGCAAGAAAACCAAUACACAAACAGCUGAUGCCAAGCAGGAAACAUGUCUUCAGAAGACGUACGGAGUUGCGAAGGCAGCAAUCACCUUGACCUAUGUGGACAAUACUUGCAAAAAGGUUGUCAAUCAGCAUGUGAGCAGCGCUUGGUGGACAUGUGGAAAGAAAUACAUCCCAAGUGUGAUAAAAAUGGACAAGUACAAUUGCUCGAAGAUUGUGAAGGCCUAA